UUUAUAACACCAACAAGGAGGUUUCUUUUGAGUUGGGUACUUUUUCUGCGACGGAUUCGAUUUUUUAUUAGCACCACGCAAUGCAACCGAUUUUACACUACCAACAAAGAUCACACCUAAAUACGCGGCCGAGCUGCAAAACAACGUAAAGUUGUUUUCAUUCCAAAACAUAGUCUCAGCGGCGUUGUUGACGGUGCUAAAGUGUGGACCAUCGCCUGAAAAUUUUCAGUGAAGUCGAUCUUAGGUGUGCACCGUUGCCUAUUUAAGUGUACAAUCCGGACAAUCCGCUACCGGCAAGGAAGUGCUGUGGCAGUACUCUGCUGCCGGCAGUAGUACAGGGCAAAAUGCAUCUUGGUGCCCAGAAGCUGGCACUCAAGCAAAAAGAAGCAAAGUUGGCAGCUGCUUUUCCCAAAGGAGUACGGUGCCAAAAAUGUCUUGAAUUCGGCCACUGGAGCUACGAGUGCAAGGGCAAACGCAAGUAUCUGCACCGGUCAUCGCGAACGCAAGUGUUGAAAAGUAACAUGACUAAACUUCGCGCAAAAAAUGGCGAGAGCAACGACAGUCCAUCGGAUCCGGCGGUGAAGAAGAAAACCGAUGAGGACAAGAACCAUUCCAGUACGACCUCCGGUUCUUCAGACAGCAGCAGCAGCAGCAGCAGCAGCAGCAGUAGCAGCAGCAGUAGUAGCAGCAGUAGCAGUAGCAGCAGUAGCAGUGAUAGCAGCGAUAGCGACUCAAGCAGUUCUUCGAGCACUAGCAGCUCGAGCGGAAGCACUAGCAGCAAUGGUACAGGUUCUUCGGAGGACGAAGCAAAAGCAAGCAAAAGGAAGAAACUGGUCAGCGAGAAAGAUAAGGCUGUUAACGGGCAGGAAGUAAAUAUCGGAAACUUGACGAAAACAAAGCAUGGAAAACCGAAAGACAGAAAAGGUAACAGAAAAGGUGGCGGCAAUAACGUAAGUGACCGUUCCGAGAGCGAAAAUGAAGAACCCUCACAAUCUAAUGACGAGCGGAAGAAGAAAAGAAAGCGUCGCAAAGAAGGUGACUAAUGGCUGAGUUCAGUAUCUUGCCAACACUACUUCACGCAUGCAUCGCUAACCAUUGCUCUUGCCAAUAGCGGGUAUUCCACACGUCCUUCUCCCCGGAAGUUCCACACACCCUUAUGCCCUUGUCGCAACUAACUAACGCCCAUCAGUGAAGGUCUCUAUGCCCCUAUCGGAAAAGAAGAAGCAAACACACAUUUAUUCGUAAAAGUAAUCGUCUAACUUGUACAUAUGAUAAUGAGAAUAUUGAAACGCGCAAAAUAAUCAGAAAACGUAAAUAAACCAUAUUUAGU